AUGCCUCUACGCCGAAGAAUUAAGAAUUCCGUUGGGAAUUAUUCGCGUGGCGAAUUAUUAGUCAGAGAAGCAACCUCAAAUGAUCCCGCACCUCCAAGUCAAGAUCUUUUAAUCCAGAUUGCGGAUCUGACUAAAUUACCUUCCUGUUUUUCGGACACCGUCAAAAUGAUUUGGAAAAGGUUAAAUGACAAAUGCAAAAACUGGAGACAUAUCUACAAAUCUUUUUUAGUCAUUGAAGCUUGUUUGCAGUAUGGAAGCAUGGCAUUUGUUAAAGAAUGCCGGUCUCAAUUGCCCCAAAUUUUGACAUUGUGCGAUUUUGAAUAUUCAUACGACUACAACGUAGAAGCUGGCUUCUUGGUUCGGGAAAAAGCAAAACGUGUGGCAUCAUUGUUAAAAGAUGACAAUCUUCUAAGUCAAGAACGCCAAGCUGCAAGGAACGAGCGGUCAAAAUGUACGUAUCCAUGUACGUUCCUCCUUUUUUACUUCAGUUUCAUUGACAGCCUAUCUCGUGUUCGUGCCCUGUCUUUGGCAUCAGAAAGAGGUCUCAAGUCUGCCGAAUAUGCCCAUCGAUCAAUAUCAGUUUAUAAACCUACUGAUGAAUAUGUUGCUCGCAAUGAUAUAGAAGAACAGGAACAAAUAAUGCUUGCCAUGAGCCUUAGUCUUCAAGAAUCUUACCCGAAAAGCGCGACCAAGCCUGAGGUAGUUGAACGUUCCCGGCAGCUGAAUAACGUAAGUAGUGAAAAAAAUGAAGAUCUCCUUUGCCUUGAUGACACACCAAAUAAAACAGAAGACAUGAAUUCAUGGAUUGACACGAGAGCCAAACGGUUAUCUAGCGUGUCUGGAUCCAACCACAUGAUGCCGUUAUCAAGUCUAAUGGAAAACGGUCAAACAUACAACGACAAAUGGAAUCCGCAGGCAGUGCGAAGGACGACAACAACUCUUCCUGCUGUCUCCAAUCCCAGCGUUUUAGCAGAUCUGAGUGGACUCGAUUUUGGACCACUGAGCGUGCCACCAGCGUCAAAUGGUUCCGAAAUCGCCAGCUUUGGAGCCUUUGAGGAUUCCAGUUCUGCGUCAACUACAGAAUCAAGCAAGGGGGCGAUUUUGAUGCCACUGCACAAAACGUCAGCAGACGAUUUCUUCGCGAGUCUUGGCAACACUUCGACCAUCACCGCCACCGCAACACCGAAGCCCACAUCGAAAAUCUCCAGCAUGCUUGACGGCCACAAGGAUCUCGUCGACUUGGACAACAUCUGCAGUCUACAGACACCGCCACCACCAGCAACAAGCCUUGUUGGCAACGGAAUGGCGACUCAAGACCUACCGAAGCCAUCUCUCCUAGAACUUGCGGCGAGAACAGAGCCUGUUUUUGACCGAAGAACUACGGCAACUCUACCUCCAACGCCGGUUUCGAUGCCCUUGGCCUACCAGCAACAACUUUUGCCGCCGACCAAUCAAACAAGACCAGCUUCCUACCAACAACCAAUUGACUACGAGAAGCAAUGGAGCCCACUGGCCGCCAACCAAUCAGCAAUCAGCCAAUCACAAAGGUCGAGUUUUCCUAUCUCAGCCACCGUCAAUGGCAUGGCGAUGUCAGCCACAAAUCCGUUUCUGUAG